CAAAGUCUAGAAGACAAAACAUAGGACAAGAAGGAAGAGAUGCCUGUCCUUGUUAUUGUAAUUGGGAUGAACAAAGCUUACCACUAAAGUUAGGGAUGAUAAGCAGCUUCAUAAUGGUGCAAAGUCUAUAAGACAAAACAUAGGACAAGGAGGAGGAGAUGCCUGUCCUUGUUGUUGUAACUGGGAUGAACAAAGCUUACCACUAAAGUUAGGGAUGAUAAGCCACACAUGAGAGACAAAAACCUCCUUUCUAAUUCUAGCCAGAAUCAGAUUCCAAAAUGAAGCCGAAGAGUUCCCUAAUGAACUAUCCAAGGAGAAGAAAUUGAUCUUCAAGUUCUCACUUUUUAGUCUCUCUUUUUUGGGGUUUUCAGCUGUUGUAUAUGCCAAUCAUAAAUCAUUCAUCCCCAAGUAUGUCCAUCCAUAGCUAUAUCCCGGCAAAGAGUUGCUGCAUGGUAAUGAGAAUUAACGUCGACUGCAACGGUUGUUGCAGGAAAAUACGGAGAAUUCUCCUAAGCAUGAAAGAGAUAGAGACACACUUGAUUGAGAAGCAGCAACGUAAAGUUUAUGUUUGUGGGAGAUUUGCACCAUCAGAUGUGGCAAUAAAGCUGAAAAGGAAGAUGAACCGCAGGGUUGAAAUACUGGAGAUUCAAGAAUUUGAGGGCAGCAACGAACAAGUAGACUAAAAAGCCCAUGUUUACUGGCUAAUGAUCCAAGUUCACAUUUACAGCUUCACUGACAGAUGUAUAUAUAUAUACAAUUAUUUAGAGCCUGAAUUGUAUAAAAUCUCUAGAAACUGUGUUAAAACGAUGUUGUUGAGGAACAUAUUUAAAAAUAGAGGAUAAAACGAUGUUGCAUGUUA